AUGAGCGCAAACUUCUUUCAAUUCUUUGGAGGGCAGAAAAAGGUCACCCGAGAUGGUCAACCCGCCAAACGACGAGGUCCCAAGCCAGACAGCAAGCCUGCCUUGACACGACGACAGGAACUGAAUCGUCAGGCACAGAGAACCCACCGCGAGCGCAAAGAGCAAUACAUCCGGUCGCUGGAAACCGAAGUUUCGCGACUACGGGAGGCUUUCACUCAGGAGAUGUCUGCAGCGAACCUCGCCGUUGUCCAGCAUCGAGAAAUGCUGCAGGCGGUCAACGAAGAGAAUGCGGUCUUGAAGGAACUUCUUGCCGCAAAUGGAGUCCAAUUUGAGGCGGAGCUGGAGCGUCGCAGGGCGGAACGCUCAGCAGGCCGAGGUUUCAAGUCGAGCCCGUUGGCCAGCAGUAGUGUGGCAUCCCAGGAAACGGGAAUACCACCAGCCUCGAACCGCAACACCUAUACUACACCACCAACCACAGUUUCGACCGCCUCGUCGGACUUGAGUCCUCUGGCGAAUGGGAUGGAACGGGUGGAAAUUUCCCCCACGCACGAAAUCACUCCUCCACCCCAUGUUCACAUGCCGACUACCUCGUGCGAUAUCCCAGCCAAUCUCGAUCUAUCGGCCAUUGCUCGAAAUCAAGAACCUGUCCAGGCUUUGGGGGGUAUAUUCGAGGUGGAUCCCCAGCUUCAGAUCGACUUUAUUCUCACGUAUGCUAUCCGCGCCUACAUGUCUCGAACAAUCAAUGCUAACAAGCGCAGAUUGGAAUCCCCUUGCCGCGAACACACCGACUAUCUGUGCCGAAGAUCUGUCACCGAGGCAGACGACGAGGACAUGCCGUUCUCAGGCCACGCUCUGAUGGCCACCUGCCCCCCGCCAAGCUACAUCGCCAACACAACCCCAGAGCAGGCCUAUCCGCACAAAACCUACGAUCUCCCGCAUGCAAACCUGACGACUCUACUCAAUCUCAGCCGACAGCUUGUGACAGAGGGCCAGAUCACCCCGAUCAUGGCGCUGCAGUGUCUGAAGAACCACGAAUUGUACCGCACCCUGACCAAGGAUGACGUGAAGAUCAUCAUCGAGACGCUGAACACCAAAGUACGAUGUUACGGCUUUGGAGCCGUUGUCGAAGACUUUGAGCUCAUGGACUGUCUAAGCAGUGUGCUGGGGUCCAAGGUGGACCUGAGAUUCUCCCGUGCAGGCGACGAUACGAUGUACUCGUGA